AUAAAUGUCACUGUCAUUCAUCUUAAAAAAAAGGGGAUUGAUUUUAAUUUAAGACCAGUGAUUUAGAUUUUUCUACUUUUCUAGACUUGAUUUUGACUCGAUUGUGUACCUAGAUCUAAAGUCAUUCACAAAUUGAUUUUCUUUCAUCGGUUGAAGAUUGCAGGCUCUAAUUAAAUUUGGCGCGCCGUUGUUUACUCUGCAAAUAGUAACCAAGAAAGAAAAAAACAUGGAAUUCAAUUUGGGUUUCAUUGGUGGUGGUAAUAUGUCUACAGCGAUUGUGAAAGGAAUCCUCAAAAGUGGAGUCCACAACCCAUCCAAGAUUUGGGUCUCAGGCCCAAAUAUUGAAAAUCUAAUACACUGGAGUGUUAUGGGUGCUAAUGUUACUUCCAAAAAUGGAGAGGUGUAUGACAACUGCGAUAUUAUUUUCCUUGGUGUGAAAGUAACUAAGUUACAUGAUGCCCUCAAAGGUAUUCAGAUGCAUGCGAACUCAACAGACAAACAAGUCGUGUUUGUGUCUAUGUUGCCUGGGAUGCAAAUAAAAGAACUUCAUAAGAACAUCAAAACAUACUUGAACAGUGAUGUACAUAACGUGAUAAGAAUAAUGCCCAACACUCCGAUGACAGUUGGAGCUGGCAUAUGCUUAUACACACCUGACUCUAAAGUCAGUGCUCAGCAAUGUUCACUACUAGAAAAACUUGUGGGUGGUUCUGCACUUUGUGAGAAGAUUCCAGAAGAUUUGAUGGACUCCUUGGGUGCAUUAACUGCUUGUGCGCCAGCUUAUAUGUAUGUUGUGAUUGAGGCGUUGGCAGAUGGGGCCGUGAAGCAAGGGGUGCCAAGAGCAAUGGCGUUACGUCACGCUGCACAGAUGGUUGUUGGCAGUGGCCAGAUGGUGUUACAAUCUGGAAAACACCCUGGACUACUGAAGGAUGAAGUUUGUUCACCUGGUGGAUCCACAAUAUGCGGUAUCGCUGAACUUGAAAAGGGUGGAUUACGGGCAACAUUAAUCAAAGCAAUUGAAGCUUCGACCAUCAAGAAUAAAGAACUUGGACAAUAGAGAUAUAAGAAAAUAACCAUAAACACUUAAUACACUGAAUCUCAUUUAAUACUCUUUGAAUAUAAUACAAUACAUUAGCUUUAUAAACAACCAUGUCUAUUGUGAUCAUCAUAUAAUCAUAUCAUAUCUAUCAUAGUAGUUUAUAGCGCUAAUGAUAUUGUAUACCACACAUUCUGAUAAGUCAGUAUUAUUGUGAAAACCUCUCAUUUAAAUGACGAAGGCACAUUCUUUCAUAUAUCAAAUUAGCUUGAGUCUAUGUAAAGUUUAUUUGGGCAUACCUUAUGUUAUUGUUGUGAUCUAGAAAUCUUAUAGAAGUGUUGCUUUAAAUGUAUAUUAGGAUUAAUUAAGAUUCUUAACAUUUUUAGCUGUCUAUUUAUUUUUUAUGUGGAUAUAAUCAACUUCAUACAUACCUCAUAAAAUAACACAUUUUGACAAGUAUUAUGUUGGGUACUCAUUUAUAAAAUAAGUGAAUUUGUGUUUGUGUACUAUUAUUUAUUUAAAAAUAGAUUUGAUCUAUUGUUUGUAUUAUAAGGAAUAUAAAAUUUAUUUUAUUGUUAUACCAUUUAUACAAAUUACUUGAGCUAAACCACCGCAUAAAUAACUGUGUUACUUUUGUCUUAGAAAUAAGAUUAAGUAGUUAAAAAAGGAAAGACCAGUAACAUAUACGCUAACAGCAGAUUUAUAUAACCUAAUCCGUUGAUUUCAUUCAAAUCACAUUCAAAUCUUUAAACAGAUGGAUAGGUUAUAGAAAUCUACAAUACAAGGUGCGCCCAGUAUGAAGUUUUUAUGUAAGACAGUCACGUUGCUACAGUCAAUAGUGCAUUCAAUGGCUUUCGCGCCAAUAUGCGCACUUUUUUUACUAACCUUUUUUAUGCAGACUACGUCAUUAUACUCUGAUUACCAUCAAUGUGCGUAUGACGCAACAUAUGUGACGUCAUUAAAGAUGACCUUCUGCAUUGAUUUAUGUACCUAUAUUUGUACCUGCUAAGUGCUAUGUAAACCUAAGGUAUUAGCACAAUGUGAUUUAUUUCAAUAUUAUAUAAGGUGUUUCAUGUGAAAUUAAAUUUUUAUUUGCCUGUA